AUGUCUGGUUAUCUUUGUUCGAGACAUCUAUUACUAGGCAAACACAGGAGGACCAAUUUGGGUUUUCUUCUGAAAAAUGGUUUCUUUAUUGGCAAAUCAUUUGCUUCAGUCGGUUUAUCUGAAUCUAAUGAAAAACUAGAAGAAAAAAAACAUUCUUUCGCGGUGUCUUACUUCAUAAACUAUUGUGGAUUGUCCACAAAAUCUGCUAUUUUAGCAUCCCAGAGGGUACGAUUUCGAACUCCGGAGAAACCAGACUCAGUGCUUAAUCUCCUCAAAGAGAAUGGGUUCACCAAUACCCAAAUCUCCCGGCUUGUCAGUAUAUUACCGCAGCUGCUUUUAUCUAAUCCUGAGAAGACCCUUUUGCCCAAGAUUGAGUUUUUCCGUUCUAUGGGGGCUUCAACCUCCGACCUCUCUAGGAUCCUCUCUUCAAACCCUGCUCUGUUAAGAAGGAGCUUGGAGAAACAUCUUAUACCCUGUUAUGAUUUCCUGAAGAGUGUACUUAUUCUUGACGAGAAAGUUGUUACCGUUUUCAAGCGCUCACCAUGGGUUGUUUGUAUGCAUAAUAUCGUUCCCAAUAUAGCACUUUUGAGACAAGUUGGAGUGCCUCAAUCCACAAUCUCUUUCUUGGUAACUAAUUUUCCUUCUACAGCGAUUGUUAAGCAUACUAGGUUUGCUGAGGCUACCCACGAGGUGAAGGAAAUGGGAUAUGAUCCCUCCAAAACGGUUUUCGCUAAUGCAAUCCAAGUGUUAUUGAGGAUGAGUGGACCAAAGUUGGAAUCGAAAUAA